AUGGCAAGAAACAACACCACUGUUAAUCUACCAACGAUUUCCGAAUUGAACAAAUUACCGUAUGAAGAAUUUGUCUCUUCAUUAAAUAUUCUAUUUGAAUCAGCGCCACCUUUAGCUAAACAUUUAUAUUAUUCAUCAAGACCUUUCACAUCAUACAAAUCAUUGAUAACAAUUGCCAAAGAAUAUCUUGAAAUAAUUAAUGCACACCCACGAUUAGGUGAUAAUAGAAAAAAUCUUUCGAUAAUGUCACUCAAUGAACAAGGUUAUAAUAAUAAUGCGAGCAGUAGUGAGAAUGUGAAUGCGAAUGUGAAUGAAGAAGAAGAUAAGAUCAAUUCAAAGCUUCAAGAAUUGAAUUCACAGUAUGAAAAUAAGUUUGGUUUUAAAUUUGUGAUAUUUGUUAAUGGAAGGAGUAGAAAAGAAUUGAUACCAAUAAUUGAAGAAAAAAUCCAGAAUGGUGAUAAAGAUGAAGAGUUGAAUAGAGGGCUAAUUGAUAUGAUGGAUAUUGCAAUGGAUAGAUUAAAAAAAUUAAAUUGUGAAUAA